AUGCCGACGUCACGGAGCAAGCCUGGCCAAGCGCUGGGCCUUACCAGCGCCAAGGCGCGCUCGUCCAUAGCGCGUGCCUCUGGGAAACGGGCGGCUAAGAUUGACCAAGCCGCCAAGGCCGUGCAAGCGGCUGUGGAGGUACCGCCCAAGACAGCGGAGCCGCCUGCACGGACGUAUCCCCCGGCCUUGCUAAAACAGGCGGAAGGGCGGCCGACGCUCGACACGGAGAGUGCUAAGUACGAUGCGCUAUGGGAGCAUGCUAAGAAGACCAUGGGCAUGGAGCCAAUCCACGCCGCGUCGACCAAUCGUAUCGAGCAUAUUUUGCGUGUGUUUGACAUGGAUCCAACAUAUGGCCCUUGCAUGGGUAUGACGCGCCUUGAACGUUGGCAGCGUGCGAAAGAUAUCGGCGAGGACCCACCAGACGAGCUGCGUGAGAUUUUGUUGACACGCGAAGGUAUUCUGGACUUUCAAUAUAGUGUGCUGGACCAGUCCGCCAGUAUUGCUGUGGCAUAG